AACAUGCCACCCCAUUCAUUUAUUGCAAUGGAUGAUUACAACUCUCCCAAAGAAAUGGCUGAGCAUUUGAAACAACUCGAAUCGGAUAAGAAAGCAUACGCCGAGUAUUUUGCGUGGAGGAAGGGUAUGUGGACCGCAGCACCAUGGAAUGCUCCGGGAUAUAGGAAUGGAUUUUGUCGUCUUUGUGAAAGACUGUGGGAAGAGGAACCCCAGCAAAAUGUGAUCGAAGAUGUUUGGGCUUGGUUUGAUAGGGAAUCACAGUGUGAGCGAGAUGAGUUUGUGAAAACCUGGAUUGAGAAGCCAUAA